UGGCGCGUGUCAUCGUCGUGGUGCGCAGCCCAAGAGUCACGAACACAGUCGUGUGUAUAUGUGUAUGUGAAAUGCACAUGGAUUAUAUAAUAAUAUCGUAAGCGACCGUCGCGAGACGUAUGGUGCGAUAUAGUUCGGUAUAUCGCGAGAAAACCGCCAAGAGCGCCAAUUCAAUCCGAUCCGUUUCGGCGUAGUCGGUGUGUUGAUACGACGGAAAAAUAGCAUUUUGAAAAAUCACUCUUAGCGCGGAUCGGUCGCCGCGGUAUAACAGGUAUAGGACCUACGUAUAGUCUGUAUCGUCGUGCUGGUCGUACCAAAAUAUCAUCGUUUUCCAUCGAGUGAAGAAUUUUCCCGUGAAAAUCUUUUCGCCCGACGUACAAUUUAUACGUAUACGAUAAUAGUCGUCGUACGCGUUCCCUUAUAUUCACACUUGUCGGUUCCGUGCGAUUGAGCUGAUUUUUAAUCUACGAUCGUCGACAUGCCGCCGUGAGCGAACGGUCUGUGCGCGUGUGGCGGCCGGACCGGAAACGGUCGGACGAUGUAGCCGGUGGCCCGGAAACAGCGGCGACGGCGACGGCGGAAGUCGCAGACGUGCGGAGGAGGAGGAGGAGGAGGAGAAGAAGAGAUCCCGAAGAGAUCGGUGAUAGCAAAAUGUUCGCGGCGGCGGCUGCGGCUGCAGCGGCGGUCAACGAUACGACUGAGGCGGCGACAACCGCGGCGACCGCGACCACGGUGGCCGCGACGACGGCGUCCGACGCUCUGGCCACGGUGGCCGCGAUUGGAGCGACCGCGAUUUCCGGUGGCGCCGUGGACGGAUUUCUCGACAACCUGGCCGACGAGGCGUGGUUCUGCGCGUACGUGGCCAAGUGCGCGGCCAUGUGCUUCAUAGUGGUGGCCGCGCUGUUCGGCAACCUGCUGGUUAUGGUGAGUGUGAUGCGUCACCGCAAGCUGCGCGUCAUCACCAACUACUUCGUCGUGUCUCUGGCCCUGGCCGACAUGCUGGUGGCCAUAUUCGCCAUGUGCUUCAACGCCAGCUUCGAGCUGACCGGCCGCUGGCUGUUCGGCCGGUUCAUGUGCGACGUCUGGAACUCGAUGGACGUGUACUUCUCCACCGUGUCCAUACUUCACCUGUGCUGCAUCAGCGUGGACAGGUACUACGCCAUCGUCCAGCCCCUGGACUACCCGCUGAUCAUGACCAAGUCCCGGACGGUGGUCAUGCUGGCGUCCGUGUGGGUGUCGCCCGUGCUCAUAUCGUUCGCGCCGAUAUUCGCCGGCUGGUACACGACCGCCGCGCACGACCGCGACAGGGCCCGUCACCCGGACGUGUGCGCGUUCGUCGUCAACAAGCAGUACGCUGUCGUGUCUUCCAGCGUGUCGUUCUGGGUGCCGGGCGUCAUCAUGCUGUUCACGUACUACCGCAUCUACCAGGAGGCCGACCGACAGGAGCGAAUGCUCUACAGGAGCAAAGUGGCCGCCGCGUUACUGAACAAGCACCUACAGAUCAACGGCAUAAGCGCACUCGGAGCGCUGUCGACUUCGGAUGCGGUGAAGGACGUCGACGUGGAAACGGAUCCGGACUCGGGAGCUUUUCGACCAGCUGCCUCGAGUAACAAAAUGAAAAGGGAGCGGAAAGCGGCCCGCACCUUGGGCAUCAUUAUGUCCGCGUUCCUGGCGUGUUGGCUACCUUUUUUUACAUGGUACAUGAUGAGCUCGCUGCUGGAAGGUGGUUCGUGGAUGCCCCGGUGGGUGACGGUGCUCGUGUUCUGGGUGGGCUACUUCAACUCGGCCCUCAACCCGCUUAUCUACGCGUACUUCAACCGAGAGUUCCGGGUGGCGUUCCAGAAGACGCUGCAGAGCUGCUGGCCCAAGUCGCCGCCGUGGUGUCCACCGUGCCUGCGCCGUCGGUACGAGCAGUCUCGCAAUGAGACGGCCACGGCGACCGCGGCCUUCGGCCAGCAGAACAUGUACAACUACAGCAACGUUUCCGAAGUGCACUACAUGAAUCCGGCGACCAUAGCUCUGCUCCAGAACAACGGCGGAAGUGGCGGCAAUGGUGGCAACGGUUGUCGUACCGAACAAAUCGUUCUAUAGAUUGAUAAAAAAAAACAAAAAAAAAAAAAAAACAAUGUAUAUGUGCCUAUAAUAUAGCUAAUUUUUCUCCCCGAAAAUAUACGCGGCGAUCUGCAUCGGAGCACUGGACAGACGAAAAACGGGUAUAUAGGGGUGUCGGCUUUUAAAAACAAGGGGUGGUGGUGCAAAGGUGCAGACACAUCGAACCGAGCCGGUUAAAGUUGAUGUUCAAAUAAACUAUGUAAUAUUAUAUAAUAUUAUUAUGUAGAGAGAAAAUCGUUCUUCUAGGUAAGCGCUGGUGCAAGUGAUUUAUAAUAUAUUAUGUCAUUUAAAAAUUAGCAAAACACUUCCUAGUCUGACAGACACUGCGAAACUCCUGCUGCACGCAGACCUAAACACUGCUGUGUGUGCGCGCAACUGGUGACUAUAUUAUUAUUAUUUGUUCACAUAUUAUUAUGCCUACACAAUGUAUUAUAAUAAUUUUACCGUUAAGGCUAAAAGAAAAUAAUAAUAUUACAAUAGUGUCAAUUAAAAGUUUCCCGUGGUCACCAAUGGCGUGAAUUCAAAACUUAAACCGUAAAUUCCUUCAGCACAGUCACAAUACAUUUCUGGCGGUGGUGACACUUGUGAUUUUAUUGAUAGCACGGCGAAAGACCAUAGUUCUAUCUUGUAUCAUAAUAUAAUUAUUAUUAUUAUAUAAUAUAUUCGUCGACGAUAUUUCAUUGUUGGUCUGUGCGGUAUGACAGCGCGCAGUGUGCGCGACCUUUUCCUUAAAUAAUUAAACAAAUCUCUGACUGUUGUCGAGUCUCGUCGUCGCCAACUCAAACAGCCGAAUAAAAAAUAUAAUAGCAUAACAAUCAACAAUAUUAUUAUUUAUUAUAGUAUAAAAUAUACACAUAUUACAAUUACAAUUAUAAAUAUUAGUCCCGUUUUUCACGCCACAACCCGAUCAUAGGUGUUCAUACUUCGUUUGCGUAUUUCUAUAAUACCUAACAAACGCAAUUUACAAUAAAAUGACCGCACAGAACCCGAUAAAAACGAAAUUUACUAAAACGAAAAAAUUAUUGCUUAGAAUAUUAAUGUAAUUCUGUUAUUGUAAUACAGCCGAGGUUUUUACACUAGUAAAAACUAAAAUUCAUAUUUUAUAUCAAAAAAAUAAAAGAAAAAACUAUUUUUUAUCGUGUUAAGUUACCUCUUACUGUCGUAAAUAAUUAAUAAUGAAAAAACUCUGCAUUUCCUAAUUUGGCACUUGGUGACCUAUUUUUACAAAUGCAAAAAGUUUAGCAUGAAAUAAUUAAAUAUUUAAUCAGAGACACACUUGUUUCAACUUUCCUCUUUUAUAACGUAAAGUGGUUAAACAGCAUAAUAUUGUACAGUUAAUCUAUAUACCUCCCUUCAGACAUUUUUAGUUUAUUAAAAUAAAAAUAAUAAACUGAGUCACUGAUGUUCUCUGAGUGCCAGCACUGGCCGGUGCCACUAGUUCCCGGAUGGGUGACCCCCCCGGGUGCUAGGUGGCAAAUCCUUACUACACAUACAUGGGUUGAGAACCAACCGUAUCAACCGUAUCAACCGUACCCACCGUAACCCCUGCUAAUAGUUAACAGCCAUAGUUGCCGGGCUCAAUAUCAAUAAAAAAAAAAAAAACUUCUUUUAAAAUAUAAAUCACAAUAUACAUUAUAUCUGUUUAUAUUUAUAUCCAUACAGAUGCCUUCCUUCGGCCAGUGUUAUUUUUUUAAACAAAUAUUUAAACCGUCAACGUUUUUAUAAAAUGUAUAAUAUAAAUAAAUACUUUUUUGUUCCCUGGCUUACAUAUUAUGUAAUAAAAUAGAUUCAUGCAAGUUACAUUUAAAAAUACUAAGCAUACCUACGAUAAUAAUAAUUUAUUAAAAUUAUCAAUUAUAUUUUAUGUAAUAUAAUAGGUACCUACGUAUAUAAUACACUAAAACUUGUAGUAAGUAUGACAAAAAAUUAACUAUAAAAGUUAAUUACCCAUAUAUACGCAAUUUAAUUAAUCAAUCAAUAAUACAAACAAACUAAUUAUCUAUUAACUAUCUACUUACUCAAAACAUUUUAUUUUGGUUUUUUUUUUUAGUUUUCAUUUUACAACGAUAUAAAUAUAUGGUAUUGUACAAAUUCAAUUAAACUCUUAUUUAUUUAAAAACAUUUUGUAAUAAGUAAUAUAUCAAACCUAGACUUCGGUUGGUUAAUGUAAAUUGUUAUCGUACAUGUGAGUUACGAAUAAUAAUAUUAUCUUUUGAUUGUCUGUUAAAUAUAGAUAGAUACAUCGCACAACAUUUUUUUACCAUUUUAGGUACAUUAAUAUCAGUUAAAUCCUGCAGUUGAAAUCGUUUUGACAAACUAAACAAGUUUAAAAAAUCGGUAAUUUAUAAGAGAAUGCAAUAAAAGAUUUUAUUAUCCAUUGUCUGUCCAUCUCAUAUUAUGUAAAUAUAAUAAACAAAGUUAUAAAUUAAUGUCUUUCGAAUUUUCAAAAUUGUGAAUCCUUAAGUUAAAAUAAGUAAUCUACAAGUUUAUAUUAUUAUUAUAAAUAUUAAUAUAUAAAAAAAAGUGUGUAAAAUGUAUAUUAUAUUAUUAUAUUAUCUAUGUGUUAUUUUUACUCAUUCGUUAAAAAAAUAUUUGAAUUGAGCAUCCUUAUUUCACGUAAAUUUAUUAUGUUUUGAAGUUCGAAUACAUGUAACAUGUUUAUGUUAUUGUGUACCUAUAUUAAUAUAUUAUUGAAUAUUUUAAUUAUUACAAACAUAAAAAACUCGAGUAAAUAGAUGUAACUAUAAUUUUUAUGGAAAGUCAAUUUUUGGUUUAAAAUAAUUAAAGAAAAAUAUUUACUUUUUUCUCAUCUAUAAAAGUAACUACGUCUUAAAUGUAGAAUUUUAAUAUAUACCUAAUUCAAAAUAUCAUUAAACACUAUCGUAAAUUAGUCUAUGCUACGUGUGAAAAUGUGUUUACGAGUUUUAUUUUAUGUACUCGGUAAUCUGUUAUAAUAAAUUCAGAUUUUGUACUGUAUAGUGUAUAGGUAUGUCUUGUGAAAUUAUAAAAUACAGAUAUUUCUGUUGAAACUCAUACAUUUUGACUCUUAGUGAGAGACUAGGUGCCACAGUGGCUUGCUUAGACCCCUCAAAAAUAAAAAAAUAAACAGUUCUAGUUACGCAUAUGACGAGAGAGAGUAAAAUAAGUAUUAACAUCACGAUUCACGAGUAAUAAUAAUUAACAAAUGAGGGAUGAUGAUUGGCUACAUCUGUGACUCUGUAUUGACUGUAUCAUUUUGGGCAUAACUAUAAAAAGAACUACGAGGGAUAUGGAUAUUUGUUAUAUUACACAUAAUGAAAUAAUGAGGUGAUUAUGAAGUUUUUCGUAAUAUAUAUCUAUAAGAACUCAUCUGACAGUUUUGUACAAUAUACCUACUAUAUGUUAAUAAGUAGCUAGGUACCUAACCCAAUAUUGUACAGGAAUGUUUAUCAUCAUGUUAUAUUAUUGUACGAUUGAAAAUCGUCGGUAAUUAAAUGCACUUAACUAAUAAUACUAUCUGUAAUUGGGUAUACCUUCCUUAUUGGCCAUCAUAAUAUCUCUGUGUUUUGGUUUUAGCUGAGCGUGUAUUGCGUGUGUGUGUUUAUAAUAAUAUUGUAUCUUUGUUAUUAGGUUGCUGGAUUUAUGCCGGGAAGGAUGUUAUUAGUUAGUAAGUAUUUACGUUAGUAAGCGUUUUGGUUUAACAUGUACGUGUCCCAUAUUAUGUGUUUCCAUGUAUGUAUAGGUUCUGUGUUAGCGAGUUGCUUAUAUCAUUGGUGUUGGUGGUAGUCCCGUUUGAGUGAAUUUCGGGGGAGUAAACUGUGUUUGUACAGAUUUUGUUUCGUUAACUUACAUUUUCUGAGACAGGGUUAAACCAAUAAGAGGGUGAAAGUGGGUUAAUGUGUCCCUGUACCUACUUACAGAUUAGAUGAAGUAUUUAAUGGAUUUUCAUCGUGGGGCACUAUAUGUGUAGGUAGUCAUCUGCCAAAUCUGCUUAAAUAAUUUUAUCAUUGAUGGGUUGAUCUGCACAUCUGCUGUUGGCACCACAAUACAUGACAACAUAUGUGUGCAUUGAUCGAGUAUGACGUGAGGUGUCGUGGGUAUGAGAUUUCACCUUGUUACAACGACAGCAUUAGUGUAUAUAUUAUGUAUACAACUUCUAUACUAGGUAUCGAGUAAAGUUUAAGCAUGUAAAUACUUUGUCAAUAAUUGCGUCACGUAUGAACUGAAUACUGAUUUGUAUAAACGAAUGAAAUGAACACUGAUUGUAUUAUAGACAAAUAAAACCAAGCCUCUUAAAAAAAAAUUUUAAUGGUUUUUCUUAUCUGUAGAUUGAAAAUUGUUUUUAAAUUGCAAAGUCGAAGAAAAAGUACAAAAUCUUUCUGACACACAUAAUAUUAUGAUAGUAUAAUCAAUACGGUGGAAGAAAUUUUCAAAUGUAUCAUAAUAUUAAACUUAAUAGUACAUAUUAAUAUCUAUUUAGCAAUAAUGAAAUAAUCUGAUGUGCAAGUUUGUUCGAUGUAAUGUUACCUAUAAUUUAUCAUAUUAUUACCUACCAUAUUAUUAUAUUAAAUAAUGUUUACAGUUAAUAUUAUACAGUAUAUUUAAUUAUAAUAUAAAAUUAUUCUAUAACAGACCACUCCGUGUUAUCUAAUAAUUGUACGAUUAAAAUGUGUUUAUAGUUUUGAAGUAAAAUAUAUUGUAUAUUAUGCGACCGUCCUGUAGCAAUAUAUUAGUAAUACUGUAAAAUAUUAUUAUAUUAUACAGAAUACGCCUAUAAUAAUAUCCUAUUAAUGUAAUUUAUAUUUUUUGACUUUGCGCACCUACAACUGUGCGUAUUUGAACCUACCUAUAACUGCUACGUUAAGCUUUUACUUGAUUUAGUUUGUUUUUUUUUAUGUAUGAAGGUAGGUACCAAUUAAAAAUUACAAAAUAAUCAGUAUAAAAUCGUUAAUAUGAGAUUAUUGUACGUGUUAAACAACUAAUUGGACCAAAGCAAUAUGUUACAAAAUAAGUAGUGAGAUGAAAGUUUUUAAAGUUUUUACAUUAUUAAUUUUCAUGACAAAAUAAACAAAAAAAAAUCUAAAAAUAUGUACAAAUUAUCUUAAAAAUAAUAAUAUUUAAAAAUGUAAGGGUAAUAUUUACAUGUAAAUUAUAAUAUUAUAAUCUAUUAACACAUUUAAUACUUCGAAAAUUCAUUACACAUAUAAACUGUCAUAAGACUUCUCAUCUUGUUUAUACACUAUUUUAAUAUUAUAACAGUAAAAUAAAAUAUGUUUCAUCGUGCAUUGAUUGUAUGUAAUAUACGUUACGAUUUACCAUUUACGACU